AGGUCAUUCGAUGAGGGAAAACGGAAAACACUCGUUCUCUCACCAAUUGAUUAAAUUUAAUUUUGUUUUGAACAGUUUGUUGUGAACCAAAUUAAUUAUGAGAUGAAAUGCUUUUUCAUUUUCUAAUCGCUAUCAAUUUUGUCUUACAUUUUUCUAGUGCCACAGACUACAUAAUCUCCAAGCAGGAUAUAAAGCAGUUAGAUGAAUGGGAUCUAAAAGUUCUCCGAGAUUUUGUUCGCGGUCGAGGACGUCCAAUUGUUGAGAGAAUCCCCUUAGACUUAGAAGAUGGCCCAGACUUUAAAGAACCCGAUCAGGACUUUGAACUUAUCGAUUUCUCAAGUCCAAUGAUAAGUCAAGGGGGAAUGUUUGCUGCACCAAGUAAUAAGAAGGCGGAAAUGUUCCCAAUACCCUUAACUCCACCACAACCUAUAACUCAAAUAAUUACUCCUGCGUCCAAAAGAAAACCCAAACCUCCUCCAAAACCGCCGCAACUCGUCGAAGAUAAGCCAUCUGUUGAAGACUAUGAGCAACUUGCAAGUAUGAUACAGAUGUUUAUUGAUCGAAGAUCACACAAGAAGAAUGGCGAUCAAGCUUUACAGAACAAUGCAAAAAGCAAAAAGAAAUCUGGCGAGGUUUUGGGAAGUGAGAAACGAAGACAAAAGGAGCAUAUAAGCAUGAAAACAUAUAAUGCUCUUCCUGACCAAAUAAUCACUGCUUCUAAAGAUGGACAAGACGUAACGUUUGAUACUAAUUCGAACAAUUCUAACAAAUGGAAACCAAUGCAGCGAUUUACUAGUGAAGAGAAAACAGUUUCAAAAAAGCAGAAGCCCAGUAAAAAUAACGCUCCAAAAUCGCAGGAAGUAUACGAGACUAGAAUGAAGGAGUUGAGCACAGAACUGACAAAAAUUCUCAAACAACUGGAGGGCACAAAAUUGGAAAAACAGCCCGAAGUUCACGUUUUGAGAAAUGGUUCUGCCGAACAAACUAUUGAUGGGCAAUACACAUUUAUCGCAUCGAUCACAUUGGUCAAGGAUGGAGAUAAAAGUAUUCUUGUUGACACCGGGCUUGGUACUAAUAUCAAUGCGAGAACGGAACUUAUCAAAUCAUUAGAAAUGCAUGGUUUGAGCCCUGCGGAUGUGGACAUUGUUGUGAGUACCCAUGGGCACCCAGAUCAUGUUGGAGGUGUGCACGACUUUCCCGAUGCUCUUCAUUAUCACGGAUGGUACUCUCAUCAAAGGACAAAGUUCAACCUGACUGCACUUUUUGAAAACGAUACGAUGAACCUCUCUGAAAAUGUGAUGCUAGUCAAAUGUCGCGGACACACAUCCGACGAUAUCGGAGUUGUUGUUCGGGGCGUGAAGAGGCGUGGCGACGUACUUGUAUCAGGAGAUUUGUUCAUGAGAGAGGAAGACAUCGACCAUCCAAUGAUGUGGCAACCAUUAUCAGCGGAUGUUAUUGCGCAAAGAGACUCUAGAAGGCGCUAUGGUUGCAUAGUGGAUUGGAUCGUUCCCGGCCACGGCAGCAUGUUCCAAGUUACAACUAAUGUUAAGAAAGCUUUGAAAUGUUAAUCUGUCGCCACACAUAUUUUUGUUACUAUUUGAAACUAUUUGGAAAUUUUAAGUUAUUUUAGUUAUUAUUUCUUAUGUCAAGUUACUACUUCAAAAAAGUUUUAUUUUAU